AUGUGCCACUCUGGGGGGGUGGGGGAAACUGGACAGUGCAGGGGUAGAAUGUACUUUUGGGAAAGCCACUGGCUGUGGAAGGCAAGCCUGCUGUCACAGACCGGGUGGGUGUGGGUUGGUGUGCGUUACUUGCUGGUUACACUUGUUCCUCUCAGGCUGCCUGUCAUGGGUGGGCCCUGGGCCAUGCUGGCCACGCUCUGGGCGUUAGGAGCUGCAGGGGCUGCUGCUUUGCGCAUUGGAGCCUUCAACAUCAGGAGCUUUGGUGACAGCAAAGUGUUGGACCCAGCCUGUGGCAGUGUCAUAGCACAGAUCCUGUCUGGCUAUGACAUCACGCUGGUGCAGGAGGUGCGGGACCCGGACCUGAGCGCCGUGACUGCGCUAAUGGAGCAGAUUAACAGCGUGUCCAAGCACGAGUACAGCUUCGUGAGCAGCGAGCCGCUGGGCCGCGACCACUACAAGGAAAUGUACCUGUUUGUCUACAGGAAAGCUGUAGUGUCUGUGGUGGACACAUACCAGUACCCGGACCCAGAGGACACUUUCAGCCGGGAGCCAUUCGUGGUCAAGUUCUCAGUCCCCAGCUCUGCCGCUGGCGAGCUGGUGCUGGUCCCGCUGCACGCCGCACCGCACCAGGCCGUGGAGGAGAUCGAUGCUCUGUACGACGUGUAUCUGGACGUGAUCGACAAGUGGGGCACUGACGACAUGCUGUUCCUGGGCGACUUCAACGCGGACUGCAACUAUGUGCGCGCCCAGGACUGGGCGGCCAUCCGCCUGCGCAGCAGCGAGGUUUUUAAGUGGCUCAUCCCCGACAGCGCCGACACCACGGUGGGCAACUCAGACUGCGCCUACGACCGCCUGGUGGUGUGCGGCGCCCGCCUGCGAAAGAGUCUAAAGCCCCACUCGGCCGCCGUGCACGACUUCCAGGAAGAAUUCAGUCUGGACCAGGCCCAGGCCCUUGCCAUCAGCGACCACUUUCCUGUGGAGGUGACCCUCAAGUCCCACUGACAGCUAAGGCCUGGCCAGAGAGUGCCACUUACACCAGGCCUUGAGGAAUGGACACCAUGCAAGGUGGCAGGCCACCACCCACCAGUGAGGACAUGGCUACCAGCACCUAUCUCAUAGAGCUGUUGAGCGAACAGUCAGUCCUGGCCUAUACCUGUAUGUUAAUAAACAAGCCACUCUUAGCCAGGACCACAUG